GUUACUGCAUCAUGGCACGUUUCGCCGCGCCGGACUUAGUUAAGAACACCUGCAGCUACCAAGCUCUUUACUCUCCCUUUCCCCAUCGCAUAGCACCACUCAGACUACCGCCGCCGCGAUGAAUGGCCACUUUGCGGCAGUCGGCGACGGGCCGACAGCUCAACAAUACGAGCACGGCAUCCAGGUCAUCGACGAGGAGAAAGCAUUCAACACGAAUCUCAAUGACUACCUCGGCGAGACCCGCGUCGCCGAGGCCGGCUUCAAUUACCACCUGAUCUCCGUCUUCGGCUCGCAGUCGACGGGCAAGUCGACCCUUCUCAACCACCUGUUCAAGACCGAGUUCAGCGUCAUGUCCGAGUCGGCGCGCCGCCAAACAACCAAGGGAAUAUGGAUGUCCAAGAACAAGCGCGCCGAUACAAACGGGGAUGCUGCCACCAUGGCUGACAAUAUCCUCGUCAUGGAUGUCGAGGGUACCGAUGGCCGUGAGCGCGGCGAAGACCAAGACUUUGAGCGCAAGAGCGCGCUCUUUGCCCUGGCGACGAGUGAGGUUUUGAUCGUCAACAUCUGGGAACAUCAGAUUGGUUUGUACCAGGGCGCAAACAUGGGUCUGCUCAAGACCGUGUUUGAGGUCAACCUGCAACUUUUCUUAAAGGACAGGCAGUCGCAGACAAGGUCCCUCCUCUUCUUCGUCAUUCGCGACCACGUUGGAAACACUCCCCUGGCCAACCUGCGCGACACCCUGGUUCAGGACUUGACCAAGAUCUGGUCGACCCUUUCCAAGCCCCAAGGGCUCGAGAACUCUAGCAUCGAGGACUACUUCGACUUUGCCUUCGCCGCGCUCCCGCACAAGAUCCUUCAGCCCGAAAAGUUCUUGGAGGAGGCCAACAAGCUCAGCACCCGCUUCACGACCGGCCACCGCUCCGCCAAGGACCAGGAAUUUGUCGGAGGCGUCUUUCUGCCCGAGUACCACAGGAGAAUCCCGGCCGACGGCCUGUCCGUGUACGCCGAAGGCGUCUGGGACCAGAUUGUCAACAACAAGGACCUCGACCUCCCGACCCAGCAGGAACUCCUCGCCCAGUUCCGCUGCGACGAGAUCUCGCGCGAAGUCCUCGUCGGAUUCGACACCGUCGUCGUCCCCCUCGAGGAGCAGCAAGCCGAAGCUACCCGCCUUGGCAAAGCCACCGUCCUGCCCGAUCUCGGCGCCACCGGCGCCGGCACCCGAGAGAAGUGCGUCAAGGCGUUCGAGACGCAGGCUAGCAGGUACCACAAGGGUGUGUACACAAUGAAGCGCGGCGAGCUCGAGAGCAAGAUCGACGCGCGCCUCAAGGCGCUGUAUCAAACACAGUUGUCGGCAGCGCACAAGGCCGGCGUAGCGGCUUUCAGCGACGCCGUCACGAACGCGGUGAAGGCGGGUCAAAAGGCCGGCGGUGUGUAUGAGUUUGCCGAGAUUGUCGACAACCAGAAGAAGAAGACGCUCGAGUUUUUCAAAAAGGAGGCACAGAGCCUGCUCAUUCAGGGCGUCGCGUGGACCAACUUUAAGCCGCAGUACCGGCUGUUCGAGAAGGAGCUGGACGAGGUCAGUGCGCGCCUGCGCAAGGAGGAGAUGAGGCGGCUGGCCAACCGCGUCGAGAGAUGGGUCAAGUCUCGGCUUGGCGAUGCUAUCGGUGUUGAGUUCAACAAGAUCGGUUCUGGCAGGGGUGGGUCCGGAGCGCCUGAGGAUGGCGAGAAGCCGGCGACGGAGAAGGAUCUCUGGGACCGUAUCUGGAAUGGCUUCAGUGGCAUCGUCAGGGAGGCCGAGACAAGGUUUGCCGACAGGGCUAAGAGUUUCGAGGCGAGUUCCGAGGAGGUCGAGGUCGGCCUUUGGCGGCUCAGGCGCAAGAGCUGGGUCGCGCUCAGGGAGAAGAUUGAGGAGGAGAUGAUGGAGAGCAAUAUCCUUAUGAAGCUCCGCGAGAACUUUGAGGACAAGUUCCGGUACGAUGAAGAGGGCGUCCCCCGCAUUUGGCGCCCGACCGACGAUAUUGAGGGCAUCUACACCCGGGCCCGCGAAUCCACGCUGGGCUUGAUUCCGCUGCUAGCGAGGUUCAGGUUAGCCGAGACAUACGCCCCGCCGGACUUGCCAGCUUUCGUUGGCCCUCAACCUGCCGGCGCCGAGCCCGAGGACGAGGAGGACCUGGCCCCUAUUGGCGGCGUGGAUGAGGAAGAGGGUAAGAGCCUCGAGGAGGAGAUGACGGUGCUGAGCGAAAGCAAGCGCCAGGACCUCGUCGUUCGGUUCAAAAAGAUGGCCGAUGGGGUUUACGUCGAGGCCAAGCGGAGCGCCAUCGGGGGCAUCACCCAGGUGCCGUUCUAUUUCUAUGUCGUCCUUUUGAUCUUCGGGUGGAACGAGAUCAUCAUGGUCCUGCGCAAUCCCAUGCUCUUCAUGCUCCUCCUCGUCAUGGGAGGUGGCACAUACGUGGCUUACACUCUCAACCUUCUCGGCCCGAUGAUGCAGAUGGCCAACGCGGCGUCUAACCAGGCCGUCGAGAUUGGCAAGGAGAAGCUCCGCGACUUUGUUGAGAGCAACCAGACGAUUAGACAAGCUAUCGCGAUGCCGCCGAGAGAGCAGCACAGAGGGGUCGGUAUGGAUAGGCUGGAUAGCCGCGGCAAGAAGGUGCAGGAGGCCGAAGAGUACGAUGAUAUUUAGAUACGGUUAGGAAUGGCGUAACGCCGGUGUUUACAUAGCUGAUUUGUUUGUUAUUCUUGUUGUAUAAGAGGCAGUGGUCAACUGCCACACAGGAUAUCUUUAUUAUUACUCCCGAACUCCAACGC